UAUAAUCUCUUAUCUUAAUCUUAUCAGCUUCCUAAUCGGACAUUGUUUAUUUAGUUUUACCUUAAUUAUUUGCCUUAAUUCAUUGCAGACACUUUUAUUUAUAUUUAGAACACAAGCAAAAGUCUUAGAAAGUGGUAGCAAUCGGGCGGAGCGAUCAUGGUCAUUGAACAUAACGUAAAAGGUUACGAUGAAUUUAAGACCCUGGUAGGUGAAUUGGAACAAUCUGAAAAGCCCAUUUUUGUUCUGUUUUCCGGUGGCAAAGAUGAAAAUGGUGAAAGUUGGUGUCCCUAUUGCGUUACAGCGGAGCCGGUAGUACAUGAUGCUUUGUCGAAGGCACCGGAAAAUGCACAUUUCAUACACGUCGAUGUUGGCGAACGUAGCUAUUGGAAAGAUGUAAACAAUCCAUUCCGUAAGGAUCCCAAAACCCAUUUAGUUUGGGUACCAACACUAUUGCGAUGGAAUACUCAGAAACGAGUGGAUAGUGAUCGUUGUUCCAAAAAGGAUUUGGUUGAGAUGGUUUUCGAGGAUGAUGAAUAAAAACGAGGAGUUACAGAACUUUUCAUGUGCCCAAUAUAAAUAAAAUUAAUGUAAAAAUCUGA